CAGGGCCGUUGUUUCGCAGCCCUUGUGAGCUGCUGCCGGUGGGGAUGGGACACCCGGUGCAGGCCAUGUUGAAGAGCUUCACAGCCCUGUCAGGCUGUGCAAGCAGGGGCACCACCAGCCUCCCUCAGGAGAUCCACAUCAUCAACCUGAGAGGACAUGCUCCAGAGGGUCCAGACAACACACCGGCAGAAGUUGAGCUGCAUCUGAAGCCCAUCCAGUCUUUGCUGCACCACCAGAAGCCACUGGUCUUCGUGCUCAACUCCCCCCAACCACUGAUCUGGAAGAUCAAGACAGAGAACCUGGCCCGGGGCAUUAAACGUACCUUUCAUGUGAGUCUAGCAUCACUAAAAGCCUUUAAAUCCUACUUCCUUCAACCGCGUAUUCAUUUCCUCACAUGCUACACUGUAUUCCCAUUUCAGUAG